CUCCAGCGAGAGAGCGACUGAGGACCAUGUCCUGUACAGACAAAAUCUGUCGCUGGAACGUCACCGGCAUACAGGGGGCACUCCUCAGUCACUUCAUAGAACCUAUAUAUUUGGAGUCCGUGACGAUUGGCUUCCUGUAUGACCACGGCCACCUAGCCCGAGCCCUCUGCUGUCGUCUGACUCAGGGGGACACGCCCAUCCAGGGCUUGCUGCCCACGGGGUAUCGUCUGAACCACCCGUGGCUAGGGCGGGUCACCAUCUGUAAGCCACCCAGAGACACGUACAAGACUCGAUCUCAGAGCCUCAACUGGUGUCUGGGUGACACGGUGUCAGAGGUCACGGACGGAACUCUUGGCAUGAUCAAACAAAAGCCAGAAGAUGAAGCCCCGAAAUUCUCCCGACUUUGCAAACGCCAAAUGUUUGAACAGUUUAAGGGUGCUUCAAAUUUCGUAAAGAAAAGUUACUGGACACUGAAAACUACGCCAAGUGUAAACUACAAGCAGAAGAUUAUCAGGUUGCCAAGCAACAGCUCUGUACUGUUUUGCAGAAAAACAAAUAUGGCACCUGGGUAUCCAAGCCUAUAGAAGAGGAACUCUUCAGUUUGUGAGGGCAGAAAACUAGAUCAUCUCGGUUUCAGUAGAGGAACUCGCUAGUUUGCGAAGAGAGAGAAAUGCAUAGCAUCUGAAUAUCAUGGGAUCAACUCUACAGUUUUCAUCAGGACCGGUUUCCUAGCAUUUUGCAUCAUCGUCCAUGUGAAAAAAGCGUUUAAUAUUUUCAAAUUCGAACUCGCACAAUCUUAUAUUUUAUUUGUUGGUUUAGGCAAAAAGACAGCAUAUCCAUACAACUGGGCAGUCUUAUUUUGGGAUUUUCUUCAUGUAUUUUUUGUUCCAUGUGAAAACAGUGUAUGGUUUUGUUUACGAAAAGGCAUGAAAGUUCCAACCACCAAAAGUCUCAUUAUGAUGGCCACAGAAAACAGCCUGGUAGACAUUGAUGCUUUGUUGUGGUGCGCUGUUUAUAAAAGUUUGAAUUUACGUAGUGAAGUAACUCACUGUUUUCAUCAUGGCGUUAUUAUUGAUAUCUUGAUCUUGAUAGGCACAUUUUAAGCCGCUCCUUUUGCUUUUUUGAUUUGGCUUUAUCAACUCCACAUCUGUUUAGAAAUGUUAACAUGGUAGUAUGAGUCUCUGACUACUGCCUUCAUUCCUCAUUGUCUGUUGCUUUAAAUCAUUUCUAUGGAAAUAGCAUUUGUUCUAGAUUAUCUUUUGAUGGUUGACAAUAUCACAACGACUUUGAGUAUACUGUACUGUAUGUGUUCAUAUAUUUCAUCUCAGAUUCUCAGCUUGGUUUCUGUGGGUGUGAACUGUGCUGUUAAGUUCAGGGGAAAGAAACGUAAAAAAUGCAGAGAGCUUCAAGAGAAGUACCAUCACAUACUGUUUCUGAAAAUUCGUUUAAAUAAUUAAAUUUUUUUUUUUAUUAUUCACUAAAUAGUCAAAUAUAUGACUUUCUGGACAUUAUUGGUAAAGUUUGUUGACACUGACAUGACAGUGACCUUUCUCUAACCCCUAAAUCAGACAUUCAUUAUCAGAUUUUUUUUGUACGCAGGUUCACGGGCUGAACAUAUUGAUGUAGAAAGUGUAGAAAGUUAAGGUUUGCCAGCAAUCUGCAGAUGGUCGUAGCUUUCCCUUGGGCUCUGCGCAGUUUCCUCCAGCCACAAUGCAUGGUUUUGUUUCCCUAAGUUAAAAAACAUGCAUUCUAGAGUAAAACAUAAAACACCAAUCACAUAGUAAAUGAAGACAGUGUUAUGUUACUAACAUUAAUGAUGACAUGUAUUCAAUAUGGUCCAUAUAGGCAGCCUAACUAUCCAAAUAUUUGUCCACAUUUAGUUCAGAAAAAAAAAAUGAAGUAAGUGAAAAGGAAUAGGUUUUUAUUGUCUUUCUAGUAAUGUUUACAUUUACUACAUUUCACUGUUUCUUUCCAUUUCAAUUUACAUUUGAUCAUUAUAAUCAGAUUGCUUGGAUCUUGCCCCACGGUUAACGUAUGAGGCUUGUAAUCAAAUACGGCUCCUUGUGCAUUUUGAAUGUUUUGUGGGUUUUUUUUUUGUGAUUUUCCACACUACCUGUUUGUUGGUUGCAUUGUACCUUAACUGGUGGAGAUUUUGACCAUAGCAUGUUUGCUCUGAAUGAAAAGUGCUUCUGUGGCUGUGAGAGAAUGGAGAUCUUUGUCAUUAUGACACCAAACUUCGCUCCUUAGCUGUUUUGUACAUUGUAGGCUGUUGCAUUUUAUAUAUAUAUUUUUUUUUUUGAGAAAAACUUGUCUUUGUUGAACAUGUUUCAAUUAGUGAUGCGUGUCAUCAUUGGUAUUCCAAUAAACGUAAUUUUUUGUAUUUUUGACUUCACUCUUAGUUACUUUUUGUCAUCAUUGUGCAUUAAAUUGGUGUUUUGCAUCUGCCAUUUACCGGGUUUAAUUGAAGGAAAAUGGGCAGGAAAAAACUAACACAGCUCGCCAGGGUCCCCAGAAUGAUUUCAUAAAAUUCAUAAAUUAUGCUUACAGUUGGCUUCUAGGCUUAAAUCCAACACCCAUUGUGGCAUGAUUGUCAGUGUAAGAUAUGCAAACAGUGGCCGACAAUGAGCAGUUCAAAGUAUACAGUACUCUGGCCAUUUAGAAGCUAGGCUGUAUAACAUAAAAUAUAUAUCGAUCACAUCUAUUUAUUGGCUGAGUGACGUUUCGGUAUAUCGGCACUGUAAUUCAACCAUUUCUCAUGUUUGAAACGUGUUCAUUCAAGGGCAUUUUGAAUGCAUUAUUGUGUGCAGACUGAUAAAAUUAUAGUUUUUGUGAAACCCUGAAUUUGGCCAAUCCUACCGAUGUAGUUUCGUUUCCAAAAUAUGAUAACUGUGCGUAUAAAUUGUACUGAAAGUUGCUCUUUCAUGUGUGAAAAGUUUAAAGAAUUAGGUAGAUCAAGUUAUUAAUACCGUUGUCAAGCAUUACGAUCAAUUACUACCAGCAGAGAGAAUACUUAAUCUGCUUUCCUUUCAAACUAUGAUUCUGAAUACCCCUUCAAAUCCAGUAAAAAAUAAAACAGCACUAUACUUCCU